AUGACACUGCGGACGGUCUCGAAAGUGCGCCUGCUGCACUCUGCUUCUCGACAGAACGCCCGUCUCGUCAACUCGCACCUCUCCAUCAGCCCCGAUCUCCCCGUUACCGCCCCUCCUCCGCCGCCAAAGCCGGUGCCCUCAUCGCCCUCGUACACCCGUGUACCGCGUCCGCCAGGCCUGUCAGGACCAACUCGGAGGGAGAAAGAUGGUAUACACGCACCAGCACAGGCUGCGACGCCCGAGGCCGCUCACAAGGCCGGCAAGACGACUUGGACCGAUGACGGAGGAAAAGGGCGAGGACCGCUUGCUGGGGACCGUGCUGCCGCUCAGACCAGCCAGCAAGGCUCGGACGAGCUUGCAUCGGCUGUCGCGCUGGACCUCUUCCUCCUGAGGACGCUCUCGCAGCUCGAGGAGCGAGCCCAGGUGGGGCGAGGACAGGAGGGCGCGAUGCUUCAGCCGCCCGUACAGAAGGAUUGGGCGACGUUGCAGACGCUGUUACAGCAACAGCGCGAGCGCGAGGGCGAAGUUGUCGAGGGAACCGCACUCGAGUACGAACCGACGCCUCCGCCUUCGCGACGGAUUCGACUGGACGGCAGGGCUGGGCUUGAGGAUGGUGCAGUUGCAGGGCAGGAGGAGCAGGACGGCGUGGUUGUCGUAGCCCACGUGAUGGGCGGGCGGGAUACCCGGGUCAGCAUCUGCUCGGGAUUCGCGAUUGGCAGGACGCAGGACGGCGAGGGGCAGAUGAUCUUGACUUGUGCGCAUACGUUGGCUUCAAUGGCCAAGUUCGUCCCACCAGCGAGCGACAUCCCCUCCGCGACCUUCGUCCUUGCCUCGUCCGGCCACGUCUACACCGUCUCUUCCCUCGUCUCGUCACUCAGCGAGUCCGACCUUCUCCUUCUCCGGCUAUCUCCCGCCCCGAUCAAUCCCUCUGCCCUCCCAGUCCGCCCUCUCCGCCCACUUCCGAUCAAUCCGUAUCCUUCUCCUACCUCGACAGCCAUCUCUGUCCACCGCUACCUCAACCCCCUCUCCCGUCUCCGACGUAAACUGCAGAAGCUACCCGAGCGAGAAUGGUUCGAGGGAGAAGUGCGCGAGUACCGUGACCCGAUCGGACGGACGGCCGAGGUGGGUACGUACGACACGCUGCAGUCGAUGAUGAUCAGCUGUACGCCUACGCCGGGGAGUAGCGGAGGACCUGUGGUGGAUCGCGAGACAGGCAGCGUGGUUGGCGUGACGCGGGGCUCGACACACAAGUACGGUGACCGACAGCAGUUCGGGCUCGCGACUCCCGCCGAACGCAUCUACGACAUGUUUCCCCUUCCUGGCUUCAAGACGUCCGCGCAACGACAAGCCGAGGCUGAGGAGCGACGACGGAACGACAAGGGUGUGGAGGAGGCUCAGCAGCGGAGCAAGUGA